AUGUCAAACAAGGACUUUGAAAAUGACCUUGAUGAUAAAGCUAAUUGGCCAAAACCUAUUGAAGACUACUUUAUUAGUCUGUUGUAUGAAGAGACAAAAAAAGGCUUGCAAACCAACACUUUAGAAAAGAACCAGUGGGAUGCGAUUGAUAUGAAGUUGUUUGACAAAUAUGGUAAGAGAUACACUCGUGAAAAAUUGAAGCAAAAAUAUAAUCGGUUGCGGAAGAUUCAUCGUGAGUUUGCCAAGCUUGUUAAUCAUACUGGGAUGGGUUGGGACCCUGUUGCAAACACUGUUCAAGCAUCGGACGAAGUUUGGUCAGCUUAUAUUAAGAAAAACAAGUUUGCUAGCCGUUUCCGUAGCAAGGGGUGUUCUCAUUAUGAGGUGCUUGGACAGAUUUUCAAUAAUACCACUGCUACUGGUCAAAUGCAAUAUGCGUCCACCAAUUCUCCUCCAAAUUCUGAUUCUGAGAGAGAGUUAGAAGCUGGGUUUCUUACCACUGGUGCACACAUUAGACAAAGUACCGGGAGUGGUUCAAAGGCUUUUAGUGAGGGACAUGAAGGAACCAGUACCAAGCGUUGUGCUCUUUUCCCUCCAAGUGAUAUUUCCUCAAAGUCAAAGUCAUCCAAGUCAAACAAAAUGGACGAAGCUAUUGCAGCUUGGGCAAAGUCACUUGAUGCCAAGACUGAGGCUACAUUAGAAAAGGUUAAGCGUAAAAGAGAGAAGGAAGUAUCCUCCCCAUUGAGAGAGUUAAGUACCAUUGAAGAUUGUAUGGAAGUACUUGAGGGCAUGGAAGAUGUUGAUGAUACCGCUUAUUUGAAAGCUUUGGAGAAGUUCACUAGCUCGGAUUGGAGGAGGAUGUUUAUGAAGAUGUCUGAGUCGAGGAAAAAAUUAUGGCUCAAUAGUCUAAAAUGA